AUGGAAGAAGGGAAGAAGAAGAAGAAGAAGGUCUCAAUCGAGGUCGAGGACAGGGACGAAGAGGAGGAUGAUGGUGAAGAUGAUGGUGAGGAUGAUGGUGAGGAUGAUGGUGAGGAUGAUGGUGAGGAUGAUAGGAUUUGUGCCAAGGGUGCACUAGCUCCACUAGCUCCACUGCGGAAAAACAAUUCAACUGAUCAACGCUCCCUCUCUUCAAAUACUCCUCCAUCCUCUUCACUCGCAGCCUUUACAAUGGCUGCUCCAGAGACCCCAAGACGAAGCCUGUUGGGCAGAUUAGUCGGCACCUUGACUCAAUAUGUUCCCACCCCAAGACGAACACCACCACUAAACAACCAAACCCCUCCAGCAGCCCAGCCUGCAACUACCCUUUCUCCCGCCCACGCCGCUGCAGAAGCUUCCCAAAAUUCGAUUGCCUCCGAUUCGUGGCAUCCUGGCCUGGUCCAAAGCAAAUACCUCUCAGAAUACGAGAACAUGUUCGCUGAUAUGAACAAAACACCCUUACGUCGGCCUGUAAGACGAGCUCAAACUUCACCACCGAAACGGCGGAACACACGCGCAAAUGUGGUAGAGAUGCCCCGUUCAGCUAUGAAGAAAAGAUCAGCACCCAUGGAUGAUGAAGAACAACCUCCACCCUCCAACAGUAAACGUGUAAAGUUCAACGAAGCAUUGGUACAAGAGCGAAUUCUCAGUCCUCCUCAUCCUGGCGAGAGAGAUUCUAUUCCUGAGCAACGAUUUCUCUUCAGCAAAAAGCGACCCCGCGCCACAGAACCGUAUUCGGGCAAACAAUUUGCAGAUACACCAAACAUGUUCGACGAAUCACCGUCCAAGCGAGCCAGACAGGAGGACGGCGAUGAAUCUCGAUCCAAGCGAGCUAGGUACGAGACUGGCGACGAAUCCACUUGCGACUCAGACAUCACACCCACUACAAAAAACAAUACUAGAAUGAACAAAGAGAUUUUUGAAGAAGAGGAAUUCGUGCCCAAUAGAACACAACCCCGACCCGGCACGUUCGAGCUGAACUAUGACACCUACGCGGACGAAGAAUCCUUACUUUCUGAGGAAAGAAGCGCAAUUGCACCAGCGGAAGAACAGACACCCGCAUACACCCCACCAUCCGUAAACACAACACCGGGUCGUUUCGCCCUCGAAUAUUCCGACGACUCCAUCAACCCCGACACAUCCUCUCUCGUCAACGACGACACCACACCAACCCCGGGCCCAUCCAACCCACCAACCAGAGCAGCCUCUCCACCUCCAUCUCUUGAACCCUCUACCAGCCAAAACGAAGCCGAAACCAGUGACGAACAACCCCCAACUCCACCACCUCCCCACGCCGCAGAGAUAGACGCCCAGAUGGACGCCCUCCCCUGGCCCAAACCAGUCACAUACGUCGACGCGGGCAUCGCAUCCCAAAACAUCAUCAACCUCCUCAACGCGCGCUACGACAAAGAAGACGAAUAUUACGCCGGCUUGUGGUGGGACAGGGAGUAUCCCAAGUACACGAGUGCGCUGAAGACGGCGAAGAAGGAGGGUAGGGAGAUGGAGAUCCAGUUCUGA